AAAUUAAUAACUAACAUUGUUGGACUUAACGAAAUCAACAGAAUUGACAACGAUGCCGGAGGUUUUGACAAGCGAGGGGCCGAUUCCAAUGGCAGACGAGCCGGAUUUCUCGAUUUUUGAGAACAAAUCGGGAUUAGCGGAGGAUUUAAAAUUUCUCGCUUCCAUGCCGGAACUUUGCGAUGUUACGUUUCUUGUUGGUGAAACGAGGGAGCCCGUUUGUGCCGUUAGGGCAAUACUAGCAUCACGUUCCCGAGUCUUUCAAAAGAUGCUGUAUCAGCAGCCUUCGCCUCAACAACCGAAGAAAAACAAGGAUCAACCACAACGUGAAACUAAUAAAUUACGUCUAUUCUUGAAGCGGAGUAGUGAGCCGUUGCUUAAUCUUCAAAAUGCAGCCCAACAGGUAAAAUUGAUUAUUGAAGAGUUCGAGCCUGACGUGUUUCGGCAAUUGAUUGAAUAUAUUCACACGGGACAGGUUUGUCUUCAACCGAGAACAUUGUUGGGUGUGAUGAAUGCAAGUGAUUAUUACGGUCUGGAAGAGUUACGUCGAGCAUGUUCGGGCUUUGUUCAAUGUUGUAUUACAGUUGACACGGUUUGUGCACUGUUAAGUUCAGCUGAACGCUACAUUCAAUACAAGUGCACGAAAUCCUUGGUACAAAAGGUUCUCGAGUUCGUUGACGAGCAUGGAAAUGAAGUUUUAAAUUUGGGAUCUUUCACACUUCUCCCUCAACAUGUUGUUCGUUUAAUUCUUGCACGCGAUGAACUUCAAGCAGACGAGUUUACAAAGUUUCAAGCCGCCUUGAUGUGGAGUAAAAAAUAUUGCGACACUAAUCCGACGCCGCUUAAGGAAGUUAUUGGAAACUUUCUCGAAUAUAUUCAGUUCCACAAAAUCCCAGCGAAUGUUUUGAUGCGUGAGGUUCAUCCACUUGGCUUAGUUCCAUACUCUAUCAUCAUGAAUGCUCUAGCAUAUCAAGCAGAUCCGGCUUCUGUUGAUCCUGGUAAGCUUUCCCCAAAUUCUAGUCGCGUAAGACGAGCUCUGAACGACCCCAAUUCCGACCACAUGGCCCUUCCCAAAAUCCGCAAAGCCAAAUCUCAAAGUUUCCGGACCCAUCGUCGUUCACCAUCAGAGAGAAGAAGUCCCGCAAGUCUCGGGCAAUGGAAUCUUAGUAUUGAUCAGAAAUCCAAACGGAAUUCAUUGGGACAAAGAAGUCCAGGCAGUUCGAUUUAUGAAUGCAAUAAAUCUCCAUCACCAUCAAGCCAAUCACAAAGAAGUCCGUUGUCGCGACAAGGAACUGUGCGGGCUUCACAUCGAAGGAAAAACAGCAUGAGCCAAUCAUUGAAUUUAUCUGGUCGUCGAAGUCCCAUGCCACUUGAUCGAAGUCCAUCAGGACGGCGUAGUCCAAAUUAUUUAUCACAUGAAUUGUCGAGAAGCCCGCUUGGAUUUCAAGAUGACAGAAAAAGUCCAACCGCUCGAAGUCCGACAGGUCGAAGAAGUCCAUUGGGAUUCUCACAAAAUUUUGGAAUGUCAAUAACACCAACCGAUCGAAGAAGUCCCGCGAAAGAGAUGGUCAUCCAAAGUUGGAAUGAACGACAGAAGAGUCCAACAUCAUCUGUUCAUUUUAUGGAUCGUAAAAGUCCCGUGGGAUUACAAAAUUUGGGAAUUGGCAGUUAUUACAACGAGACUAGACGAAGUCCAAUAAAUCAGCUUCCGAUUCCACCAAUAACAAUUUCAAAUCCUUCAGAAACUUGCGCUUUGUCACCAAAAUCGAUUGACUCAGGAAAAAUAUCGCUGAGUCGUUUACCAUCACCAGCUAAAGAUGUUUCACCAGCAAAGGAUGAGAAUGUAGAAAAGGUUGAAAAGACUCCGGAAAAGAAAGAAAAGACAAGUGUGAUGAAGGAAAUUCUUGCUUUUGUUCGAAAGCCUUCAAAGAAGGCAACGACAAGAACAGCAUCGAGUCGUUUUGCCGCAGCAUUCUCCAAAUCAGAUAACAAUUCAAAUCAGCCACUCGUCCGUCAAAGUACGUUCUCAAACAUGCCAAAUGCUUCCAGUCGUGCGGGAAGAACAGCAGUCACAAAGCAAAUGUCAUACGAACCGAAAAUAUCUACAAAGUUAAAGAAUGUUGGCUCGAAAAUGUCGUUGCGACUUCGACGAGCCACAGAAUCGAAACAUAAAGAUAAGAAAUCUAGUGGCGAUGACAUCAGCGAUAUGGAAAGCAGUGAUGGCGGUAAAAUUGAUUCAAGAUAUGGGACAAGUGGAAGCAUUGCAUCAAUUGACAACCCUUUUGAAUUGGAAAUUGUCCAUUUUGAGAAAGUCGGUCAAAGUCAUAAAAAGCAUGAACAGAUUGUCGAAGAAGAAAGUCCAAAUCAAGACGGUGUCAAUGAAGGUGCAUCGACAAGUCGUCAUGAAUUGGACAAACCAAGGUCGCUUUAUGAAGAAUUGAAGCGUUCAAUUGAAACACUUUUUGAGAACAAAGAACCGGUUUAUGAGAACAUUGACGAUUUUCGACGUGAUCAAAAGAAUGAUGAAUGUGCUGUCGCCCCCAAAACAACAAUUCAAUGUCCAACAUUUGAAAUUGAACCACCUUCACGAAGGGCUUCAUUUGAUCCACCUCGCUCUCCAUUUUUGGAAAACUUUCGAAGCUUAAGCGACACGGAUCAUGACAUUCCAAGCGGUGAAAGUUUUGAAGUGUUCGAAUCACAUCAGCAUCGUGAAUCGAGCUUUGAAGACCGUCAUUCGUCGAUGGAUACAAGCUUCGAUAUUUCACGUUAUCAAUCUACAAGCUAUGAUGACCAAACAUCAAGCUUUGAAAUCGUUGAGUCACAUUUCUCUGAUUCACAAACACCGCAACCAACACUUCAAGCUGUUCAAGAAGAUUUAAAAACAUCCAAUAUUGAUCUUUCAAAAUCGUCAAUCGAGAUUGUUGACAUUGAAACAUUUCAAAAGUCAACGCCCGCUGGUCGAAAAUCAUCGCUCGAAACACAUUUUGACUUGUCAGAAACUUAUAAAUGUGAAGGUUCACCAAAAAGUGCAUUUGCAUCGACCAACAAACUUCACGAAUGCUUUCCGAUUGGAAUGAAGGCAGCUCAUCAGGCAUCAUUACAUCAUCAACAACAGCAGCAACAACAUCAUCAUCAUCAUCACCAUCAUCAUCAGGCAUCUCACUCACGCACUAAAAGUCCAAUUCUAUCAAAUCAAACGUCGUCGAAUUAUAGCUCUCGUGAUAGUUAUGAUUCUUCAUCAACUUUCGAGCCAUUACCUCAUACACAGCAAGUGUUUGAUUCCAAAAACCCAUUUGCUGACUUAUCGAAACAUCAUUAUCCCUUUCCACGAAAAUAUUCUUACGAUAAGACAUUUCUUUGUAUUGAUAAGCGUUGUGCGGCAAUAUUUGAACCAAGAAAUGAAUCACCACGUCGUCGUACUUCCGGACAUAACACCCAAUUGUUAAACACAACAGACACGUCAAGUGGAAGUGAAUUUGAAGCUCCAUCACCAAGACGCGCAUUAUCAGCAUCGCCCAAGCAUACUUUCACUUUUCGAAUAGUAAUGAAAAAGGUCGAGAGCUCUCCAGAUGAAUUGUGUGCAACAGGUGGCACAAGACAUCAGAGAGAACGCGAACGUUCAAGACGUGAUAGCCGACGGAGAAAAUCUCGAUUGAAUGAUAACAAAGGAAAAAGUUUCUAAAUGUAAAAGCUUUUAUGACUCCCACGGUAAUCUAGUUAGAAUUAAUAAAGCAUACAUUAAAUUUACUUCAUCCAUUAACUUAACAUUAAGAACACAAAUCUUGAAUUCUAAAUUUUUGAGACAUUAAUAAAUUAAUGAAAAAGAGAAAGAAGAAGAAGAAAUUAUAUUUAAAGUCACCAAAAUUGAAUUGUUGUUGCACUGAUUAUAUUUAUAAAGAAAGAAAAAUGUUUCCUUACACAAGAAAAGCUGAACAGAAGCUUUAAUUCCAAAAAUAUAAAACUUUAAGAGAUUUAAUAUAUAUUUAUGAAUGUGUUAUUAAAAGAUUAUUUAUGUGUCAAAAGUGAAACUUUUCAUAUUUAUUAAUGUUUAAACUUUGAGAUAAAUGAAAUGUUGGAAGAACUCUUUAUUAAGAGAAACGAAUUUAAUUAAAAGCAAAAAAAUGCUCACAAAAAUACUCAAAGCCUUAUUUAAGGCAAUCAAAAACAUUUUUUUUCCUUUUGAAAUUUCAAAAGCGUUUAAGUGUAAUUAUAAUAAUUCGAAUGUAAUCCAUUUUCUAUGUCAACAAAAAAUAUAUUUAUCAGCACAUUGAAGUUCAUAAAAUCUAAUUAAAUCAUUAUGUACAACAAAAAAAAGAGAAAAAGUCAAGUUAAUUGGAUUGAAAUAAAUAUGAAGAACGCUUAUCGCUGUAUUUACAUAUGAAAAGCACACCCAACUCAUGAUACCAUAGAAAAUUGAUGAAAUUAAUCGUUAAGCUGAUGCUGAAAAUAUAAUGUCAGGUAUACUGAACGGAGAAUAUUUAUUGAACCGUUGGGAAAAUAAUUUAUUCAGUAUUUUAAAGAGAAAUUAAUUUUAAUUAAUUGUGAAUUGCGCUCUCCCUUUUCAUGAUAAUAUCUCUGAUACUAAAUGAUGGAAAAUUUUAAACCUUAAGGUUCAGGAAUUGAUCUUCUGAAAAAUAAAUAUCACAUGUUAUUUAAUGAUCAACAUCUUCCUGAAAAAUUCACAGAAUGUUAAGAUUAAGUAAUCUUUUCAAACAUAGCCUGCGGGUUAAACAAAGAAUUUCAUCACAAAACGUUAUGAUUUGAUGAGAAAGAUAAAAAAAACUUUUUCUAAUUAUCUAAUUGCCUUCUCGUUAUCAUUUUUAUCAUCCCCAUGAAUGUUCUUACAUCAUCAUAAUAUAAAUGAUUGCUAUUUAAUACUAAAUGCUUGCCUAGUUGUACAAAAAAAAACAGAAAGAAAAAGUGUUUGUUAGGUUUUCCUUCCAAAAGCAAAUAACCAAGAGGCUGACAAAGUGAAAUUGACUCGAUGCAGUUUAUUUUCCGUUUAGGAAAUGUCUUAAUUAAUAUUAAUUGGAAAUAUCAAUAAUGGUUAAGAAUCACUUGAAAAAUCGAGGUUUAGAGAUAAUUUAUUCCAUUUUUAGAAGUAACUAAAUAAGUUAGUGAAGCGUUCGGGAAGUUAAGGUAAUCGAUAAAAAAGAGAAAUUUUUUCAACGUAAUUUCUUAAUGGAUUCAAACAUUUUGAGGAAAGUGAAUUAAUAGAUUUAUUGUGCGUUUUCUUGUUAUAUGUGAUUGAUUUCAACUUAUAAGUUUCCAUUCAAUUGGAACAGAAAUGUGAUUCUAAGCAAUUAAACUUCACAUAGACAAUGCAAGCUAACAGUACGUGAUCUGGUAGAAUCUGGGUAAUUCGAUAGGAAGUUAAAUGACUACAACCUGAGAGAAUGUUAGUUACGAACUGGUUCGCUUUAUUAUCAACUUCCACAAGUUAUUGACGUGCGCAUUCAUGAGAAUUGUUUUCAAAAUUUAAUUAAAACAGAGAAAAAGUUGAGUAAUUAAAAAAGUUUAUCGAUCUUUAAUUCCAACACCAUAAGGAACACCCGAUACCCUCAAUGUGCCAAUAAACCUCAUCUAUAAUAAAUUAUUAAUGUACGUUUUGAAGAAUAUAUUGAGUCAAACGCAUUCUUUCAACAAACAAAAUAAAAUUUAUUGUUUUACAAAUAAAUUGAUAAAAAGAGAACAAAUAGUUCUCUCAUUACGAUGAUGGAAUAAAAGAA